CAAUAGUCGCUAGCAAACUCGCUAAUUGUGUGACCUGCUUGCUAACCGCCAAUAAACAGUAGACCAACCGGCUAAAUGAAUCUUCGGUUCAAGGAGUAGGACGAGGAGGAGGACGACGGCAGGAGCAAUAUGUUUUAACAAGGAUAUAAAAACGCUACAACUGAAAGCUGCCCCGGGGAAGUCUGACGGAAACAUGGCUGCCAGUUCACGCCUACGGCCUCUUCGACCACCACCAAACAUUCAUACAGCGGUGUGGGCAGCGCUGGAGGCAAGUAGACAUGGAGUCAGCCAUCCAGACCCUGGUGACCACCUUUCUAAGCUCUAGCAGAGGGAAGGAGAGCCUGGAUGGCAAGUCCUUCCAGAAGAUGGUUAAGAAGCAUUUUAGUGGCAUCAUGGAGAACACAAACAGCUCGGCGGCCGUCAAGGAGAUGCAGCGCAGCCUGGACGAGAACAGCGACGGCAAGGUCAGCUUCCAGGAAUACCUCACUCUGAUUGGCUACUUGGCCAAGUCGCUCAGUCAGAACAAGUGUGACACCAACGCGGCGGCGUCAUAGAUGGAGAAGACCCUGCAUGCUUUUCUUUCUUUGUGUUUUCAUGCUUUUAAAAGUGCCGUUUCAUACAACUAACCCCAUCAUGCUCUUAACCCGCAAACAUGUAAACCUUCCCUCCAUCAUGAGCUCAGAAACGCAUUGAUGGACUCCGUAUCAAGAACUCUCAAUAAAAGCUUCAUACUGA